GAGAGCAUUAGAGGGCGGAAGCGUAGUUCAUGCAGGAUGCGGUUCCUUGUUACGUUACUCCUGUUGAGCGUCGUAGCCGCGGCCCCGCAGCCCGGAGGAGAUCCCGCCACCGCAAUUCACUCCCCGAGUUCCGACAACGGAGAGACUUUAACAGGGGAUAACUCUGACAAGAACUCUCCGAACCAGUCGGCGGAACGUGCCAACACGCUCCCUCAGGCUCCAGCAGGCUCCAAACUCCGGGUUCCAGGAGACCAGAACCCAGGACCAGAGACCCCGGAACACCCUCUGGAUAGUUUGCAUCCCGAAGACCACCAACCAGGACAAGGGACCCCAGAGCACCCUCCUGAUAGUGUGCGUCCCGGAGACCAUCAACCAGGACAAGGGACCCCAGAGCACCCUCCUGAUAGUUCAGGACCAGACAAGACCGUCUCAGUGCACUCUGAUGACAAGGCUGCCCUGAAGCCGGCAGCACCUGAACAGGAGGAAACAAUACCCCACCACUCUGACCCCGUUUUUCCCCAGCAGGAGGGAGAAGAUAAGUCCCCAAACCCUCCUGAAGGUGUGGCACCCAAGGAAGCUGAGGGAGAUGAUGUGGAGCCCAAAGAGAAGUCUCCGGCCCAAGAAGGGAUGCCAGGCCAGCCCUCCACCGAGAACCAUGGCGGUCCACCCGCAGGUUCUAGGAGUGGCAAGAUGGAUGACCUUUUUAAGGAGGGUCCUGAAAGUGCCAGCGCAGAGAGCAGUCACUUCUUUGCAUAUCUCGUGACUGCGGCCGUUCUAGUCGCUGCUGUCUAUAUUGCCUAUCACAACAAGCGAAAGAUUAUUGCUUUUGUUCUGGAAGGGAAAAAAUCCAAAGUUGUUCGACGGCCAAAGGCCGGUGACUACCAGCGUUUGGAUCAGAAGAUUUGAUUUAUUUACCCCUCAAGAGCCUUGUCCUCCCUGCUGAUUUGGGUGUGAAAUCAAGAGAAAUGAAGAGUGAAGUCUUGGGACCUGAAAGACACUCUCUCCUGGGAUGUGGUGGCAAGCCUGGGCUGGCGGAGCCAGGGAAUUGCUUGUGUUUUUCUGCACCUGCACUUUGGCGAUGUACUUGUGUGUUCUCUCUAUUUAUCGUUUGCGCUCUGAGUGUGACGGGAGGGGAUGUGGGUGGGAACGCAGCUACGACCAAAGGGAGUGGAACCUGAGCCCCAGCCUUGGCCAGGGAGGAGAGUCACCCCUUACCAGCUAGCAUUGCACUGUGCUGUGUCCCUUUGCAGGCCUGGGGUAGCCUCUGCCGCUCCAGUGACUCAGGCCCCUUGUUUGGGGGGCUGCCUUUCAAGAGUUGUAGACGGUGGGGAGGGAGCAUGGCAGGCAAGGGCGUAUUUGAACGCAGCAUUCUCUUUAGCGACUCUUGCAGCAAACCCACACCGCAUGUUGGAAAAGUGCAUUAUUGCCUGCCCGCCCACCCUGUGUAGCCUAAGUUCUUCACAUUUUCCUGCUGUUUUAAUAAAAUUUUAGAUCAAAUGAAUCAACUUAAAUAUAAAAAUGAACUUGGGGUUUCUGAGCAUAAAGCCCUAAAACCUGUUCCUAUUGCCAGUUUUUAUUAUAUGACUGAUAGUUGAAACAGCGGGAUCUUCUUCCAUGCCGGAAGUUGAGGACAGGUUUGUGCUUUGUGCAAGAAAGCCGUCUGGCGGGGAUGGGGCCUUUGUGCGUGGUUUUCAAAGGGCUGUUAGGAAAGAGCUUUCCCACGACUCCAUUUGCCUCACCUAAAACGAACCGAGGGGCUUCUAUUUAGAAAGGAGCUGGGCUGUUUCACCCUGCCAUCAGGUGGGGGUGGGGGUCUUAGCUGAGGGGAAGUGCUAAGGGGUCAUCACUGGAAGCCCUCCUUCCAGCUCAUGGCAGGAGACGUUUGGGUCUAAGAAACUCAGUCGGCUUCUCCUGGCAUACUGAGGGUAGUAUCUUGGAUCAAGUUGUUUGAGGUUUUAUGUAAAACAGCUCUAGCCUUGCUCCACUCUUCGGCCCGAGGAAAAACAAAUAGGAUCGCAAAGAACAUGGGAAGGAAGGGGAAGCCAUGAACUGGGGUGGAGGAAGUCAGGCUGAAGAAAGUUCCGGCCAUCCUAUUUGUCAUACGAGGGAGGGCUCAAAAAGUGGUGGUAAAAUUCCAUUAUCUUUUCAUUCCUUUUUCAUGGAGUUUUUGAAGCCCCCUUGUGUUAGUUCCAACUUUGCUUAAGAUGGCCCAAGGCCCUGAGUUCAAGGUUCGUUCUUGGACGGGUAAGCUCUUGUAUGCAGGUGGAGGAGGGAGGGAGGGCUGCUCCUCUCAGCCCAACACCCUCAGAGCAUGGGAAGAUUGACCCCAUGCAGAAGAAUCUUCCAGGGUCUUCACGCCUGCCUCUCCUCACCCCUUCCACCCUUCACACAGGCCCGCAUCCCCAGCCCGUCCCCUCUUCUCCAACCCAUCCUUCCUUCUACUGUUUCAUCUCCCUAGUAAUUCUCAGCAUCUUUGAAACUCUUUGGUUCCUGUCUUUGUGCGUACGAUGUUUCUCCAAAGGUUAUCAGGUCACCAAAGCCAUCUUUCCAUUUUCCCCUCUUGCUUCCCCCUCCCGACACCUCAGCCCAUUGCACUUCCCACUUGGACUUUUUUCCCAAAGAGCCACCACUUUCAUUGGUUCCAGCCACCCGCACAGGUGCUUAAGGAGACAAGAGCGAGCUUUCUAAAAAGCUGGCAGUGGUCUGAAGCUUGUGUGUGAACCUUUCACUGCUUGGAGAAGCAGUUUAGUCAGGAGCCUGUACUUUGGCCUCUCUGUUGGCCUUUCUCUGCUGGACAACCAUUUGUCUCUGCUCCACCCCAAUUCGUAGCCUGCUUCAUUUUUAUAGGUAACUUGUUACCCUGAAUGAUGCCGCUAGUCUCACCGUUUGAACACAGGAGAGGAUGCCACAUGUCAUACCUGGUGAUUCUGCCAGGCCACUCUGAAAACUGGCUGGGAAGGGUGACUUGGACUUUGAAGAGACUUCCAGAUCUAACUGAUCUACAACAGCUAAGGCUGGAUUUCACCUCAGCGAGUUGCACAGGUCAGAUGUGAAGCACCUACAGAAUCCCACUUUAGAAACCCUCAAGAUGUAGGAGUGGGGGCCCUAGGGUGCUUCAAAGGACUGCAACCCAGCCAGUGCACGUUGCCAUAGGUCUGAGUCCUAAGUCUGCCUUGUUAAAUAAAUGAUCCAUUGAAAUCGUUUCCAUUCUUUUCUGUACUCACAGUCGACGCCACUGUUUUACAUGUUCAGCUUUUGAAUAACUUGGUUACAACUACUUAAUUGUAUGUUUUAAACGCAUAUUUGGUGUACUGAUGAGUAUUUUCCAGUAUGUAAUGUUGAACUAGCUUCUGUGAAAGCCUCCUCAAUGUAGUUUUGUACCACUGAAGAGCAAACAGCAAUUUUCAAAUGUUAAUGCGAUAAAUCAUUAACUUUAUUAGCAGUACAUUAAAGUUUAGUAAAAUGAGA